AAGCCAUCGCCCGCGUCGGGAAACCUUUUCGUUUCUUUUCCUAGCCGGAUUGCGAAGCUCCCUCGGUGUUUGCUCCGGCAGGACUCGUCGCGGUGCUGUCCAGGAAAUACCCCCGGAAUCCUUCUCGCUCGCUCAAGAAUGAGAGAAGCCAGCAGGAGCGCAGCGAGGAAUAGAAGUGCGAAGAGCUUGGGGCUUUGGCAAGGAUACUGGACGCCGUCUUGACCAGGCUGUUCAGCCUUGACCACACUUUGGGCGGGAGAAAUUCAGGGGGCCCACUUGGAAACUCCAUCUGCGUCAACCACCCACGUGAGAAGCGUUGUUUGACAUUUGGUUGGCACCGCUUGCCAGUCUCUGGUCAAAUACUCUCGGAUUGGGCACCGCCACGCUUGUUUUCGCAUUUUGACCGAGGCCCCAAGGCCGAUCUGUUCUGGUUGAACGUACCUUCGUUGUCUUCGUCGUCAAGGGCCUCCACAUCAAGUGGAAAAGGAGGAGGGAUCGCAAAUCAUGUCAGACGACGAAGCCGACAGCGAGCUGCUUGAUCUGCUAAAGAGGUCGCUGGGCCUGUCUCUAGGACAAUCCACCGUUUCCCCAGAGACGGGCGUGCUCGCCUCGGCCGAGCAUGUGUGCAACAACAGCAUCGACGUGGCCCUUGACAUGGCUGGCACAAAGGCUGCAGCAGCGCUCAUAUACAACAACAUGCGCGCGCGGGGCUACAGCACCCAAGCAUGGAGUCAGCACGAGCUGCACCCCAAGACCAAGGACGAGGCGGCGCUCAACUUCAUCUUUACCAUGGACCUGCUCAACUUCUCCUUCUUCAGCGACAAGAUUGACCCCGACGACCCGGAAUGCUUCGCCAUCGAGUACAGGGGCAAGCGAUGGAAGGGCUACUGGUCGCUGUGCGCAGCCCUUCAGCGCGCGCUCGACGAGGGUCUUUACAUCAGCUCUCCGUCUGCCUGGCAUCGUGAGGCAGGCUACUCCGACGACGUGCUCCGUCACGUCUUUCGCUCUGCAACGUCAGAGCCCAUGCCUAUGCUUGACGCGCGCAUCAAAGUGCUGCGCGAGGCAGCUGACGUCCUGUUCAACCAUUUCGACAUGAAGGUCGUCAAUCUUAUCAAGCGGGCGAACAACUCCGCCGCUGCCCUCGUCAACUUGCUGGCCGCGUACUUUCUCAACUUCGGAGACGAAAUUCGGUUCGAAGGCCGAAUGGUGCGCUUCCUGAAGCGCGCCCAGAUCUUUGUCGCCGACGUUUGGGCCUGCUUCGACGGCCAAGGCUACGGCCGUUUCGACGACAUAGACAAGAUCACCAUGUUCGCCGACUACCGUAUUCCCCAGAUCUUACACACUCUUGGCGCCUUAACAUUCUCUCCGCCUCUCGAAUCUGUAAUUCGAAAGCAGCUUCCCAUAAAAGCCGGCUCCACUUGGGAAAUUGAAAUUCGCGGUUGCAGCAUACAUGCUGUCGAGCUGAUCCGCCGUGAGAUUGCCAAAAUGGACCCGGAUACGCCCAUCAAUGCCAUAUUGAUCGAUUUUUUCCUGUACGACACCAUGAAGGAGCUAGAAAGGACGAAUGCCGACCGGAGCCUGGACGUGAUUCCGCACCAUCGAACGCGGAGCAUUUGGUACUAGCUUCUUGUCAUGUUGAUAAGGGCGACGGUUCGGGUUUUGUGUCUUCUUGCACUUGUCUCUAGAGCUUUAGAUACCAGAGAUGCACAACAUGCAACUUUCUAUUCUGAUAUGAAUGACCUGGACUUCCUUAUGCUCGCAUAGCUAAAUCGCUUUGACCGUCGUUUUCCAUUAUCCCUCUGCAAUGCCAAUUCUUGCAACAGACACCGCACGGUGCUCCUUUUUGUAGCAAUAAAAAACAACGUCACACUAGACUGUGCGU